GGCAAGCUGCGCGCCGUUGACCGUCUCCCUGCUGCUUUUUUCGUCUACUCAGCUGCCAAUAUUACGAUUUGUGACGGAACAUUACAACUUCAGAGUUAUUGCCUUGUAUGUAACCGACGGCUGCUGGAUUACAAUCGUCUUUUUCCAAUGGAUCCAAUUAUAUCAGAAAACACUAGCAUUGAAAUUGGGGAACAACCACAACUGCACCAACAGCAACAACAUCAACAACAAUAUGGAGAAGUAAAUCAAUUAGGCGGUGUAUUCGUUAAUGGAAGACCACUUCCCAAUGCAGUCAGAUUGAGAAUAGUCGAGCUUGCACAAUUGGGUAUCAGACCAUGUGAUAUCUCACGCCAAUUACGUGUUAGUCACGGAUGUGUCAGUAAAAUAUUGGCACGCUAUCAUGAAACGGGUAGUAUUCUACCAGGCGCAAUUGGUGGCAGCAAGCCACGUGUGACUACACCAAAAGUUGUGCAAUACAUAAAGCAAUUGAAAUUAAAAGAUCCAGGAAUUUUUGCAUGGGAGAUCAGAGAUCGAUUAUUGUCUGAUGGCGUUUGCGACAAAUAUAAUGUCCCAUCAGUAUCCAGUAUAUCAAGAAUAUUAAGAAAUAAAGUUGGCACAACGACAACUAUGCAUCAUCAUUCACAUCAUUCAGCUCAUCAUCAUCAUCAUCAUCAUCAUCAUUUUUAUGCAGCUGCAGCAGCGGCUGGUGCAGCUCUUUGUCCAGUGCCGUAUCCACCGACAUCUUAUCAUCCGACAGCGCCGCCUUCCAUUCCACAUCAUCAUCAUCAUCAAGGUUAG